AUGUAUGAAAUAAUUAUUUUAUCGUUGUUUUAUUUAUUCAGCACAUAUCUUAGUGAUCAGACUAUGUCAGAACCAGGCGAACCAGAACCGGUUAUCACAUCGAAUUUUAUAGAUAUAGAUGAAUUGAUUAACGGCGAUAUUCCUCUAUUCACCGACUUCUACUUGCCAUCAAUAAAAGAUAGAGAUAAUAAUACAAAGCGAAGGCGAAGUGACGAAUUUUUCAAUUCAAGAAGCACGCUACCUAUUUUGUUGGCUGCUAAUUACGAUCAAAUUCCCUGUCAAAAUUCAUCAUUCGAUAUAUUAGAGUUUAACAAGUUGAACCCAAUAGUAAAUAACAUCAGUAGAAGAUAUUAUAACAAUUAUUGGUACGGCUACACAGAUCCAGAUGACCAAGAGAUAAAUUAUGAGAAUGAAAAACUGAAAAAUCGCAGGUUAUACAACGUAGCUAUACAAUUUCUGUUGCACUCCCGUUACCUUAUCAGAAAAGUGAUGAGUCAAAAGGCGAAAUUUCGAAAAAGUACACGUUAUAAAAUUGGUUACCUGUUCAACAGACUGAGACGUAUCAGGUACGAACAAUUGAAAAUCGUGACGGUGGCAGAAAAUCAGCUUCAUACAGAUAAUUGGCAAAAUCUGACAGCGUUAUUGAGGUUCUACGAGAAGGUUGUGAGGAUGGACGUCGACUUGAAAGAUACCAUUUUGUGGAUCAAAGAUUUCCAUAAUCGUUCAGAAAUGAUAAAAGAUCAGGAGAUGAAAGAAUAUUUCAAGAAUAAGGGCGAUGUUGUGAAGGAUUAA